UAUGCAUAGAACAGUUUGGUUUAUUUCCCUUAGUUAUCAUUGUGAUGGAAGAAAGGACUAUUAAUCUUCAUUUAAUACUACUAAUUACUUAUAUAACAAUCAAUUUAGUAACAUUAGGAAAUACGCAAAUGUCCAUGAGUGAUUCAUUGAUGGAGACGAUUGACAGAGCACAAAACGAAGCAAUGAAUGUAACUAGCAGAGAAGAAAGUUCGUCCGGUAGUGGGAGAAAUGAUAUGAAAUUGAUUCAAAGCGAUGGCAAUUAUUAUAAGAAGAGACAAUCAAACAAGGCAGGUGGUAAACGCUAUGAAGGUCUUUUCUAUUCUCGUGGUUAUUCAAUAUUUGGUGAUAUUGAUUCAGAAACAACUACAUUUCAGUAUGGUGGUAAAAUCACAAAAUAUGGUAAACGUAGUCGAAAAUAUUCCGACAGAGAUACAAUUGGAAGUUCGGAUCGAUAUUCUAGUUCAUAUAUUAAAGAUGACUUCAAGAUUCGAGCUAAAUCAAAGAAAAAAUAUGCAAAAGAUUAUAAUGGAAUGUCUGAAAUGACAGGGAGGGAUAUGCAAAUCUCUGGUAUUCGGAAUAAUAAUGAAAAUAAAGGAAGAACAGAAACUAAUAAAGAUUCACAAUCGAGAGAAUCGCGAAACAGAACUGAAGACACGAGAAACUUUAAUAUGCAUUAGUAGUUACAAAUGCAGUAAAUCACCAGAUGUGAUAAAUAUGUUUUAUUCCAUAUAGAAUCAAAUUUAUUUAUGUAUAAAAUAAUGUCGACCACUAUUUUGAUAAUUGUAAAACAACAUAUGUAUCAGAAAACAUUUGAAGUAAUAUUAUCAAUAGUUCUUCCAAAACGUGAAAAGAAUUUUACGUUUGUUGCGCUAUUUUCUUACCAUAAAUAGCAGUUCGUGUCUAGCUAGAAGGUACUUUGUAUACUGGGGGAGCGUGCAGAGUAGAGCGAAUGGGAGGAGCUGGUAAAGAGACGACCAAAAGAAAAUGUGAGCCAACGAUGUAGCAAGCGCACAAAAUCCACUUACAAUUGGUAGGAAAAACAUUCGACGAAAACCAACAAUAAAAUAAGCCAAUAAUAUUGUUUUAAAUUAGAGCAUCACCAGAAUUUACUGAAGAACAUAAACGGCUAGGGGUGAAAAAUGACAAACGAAUACAGAAUGUGAAAACACUAAUCAAAUCGUUUAUUGAGUCGUAUCGGACCAAGAAAUGAACAGGGGUGUCAGGAAUUUCUUCUGAACUGAAACUAGGUCUGUAGGUUCGGAUCCACAUAGUUUCCGAGAUGUGCAUUAGACGGGAUCGAACGCCAUUGGGAAAUGACUAACGUUUACGAUAAAUUAUUCGAAAUGAUUCACCUUUCUUUAUCGUAUGCUCACCGAAUAUGUGAAUAUUCAUAGAUAUUAGAGUAAAGACUGAUGACUAUCUGAGUGAAAACAAUAUUGUUCGCUUAUGCGUUGUUCGAAGAACAGAAGCCUUAGACUGAGACCAUCGGGAAAUUGAAACUAGAAGCGGAUAGUUGAAACAACCAUACAAUAUGAUCUUCGAAACGCUAAUACACAUUUUCGGUUUGAUGAAACAAACAUGAAUAGAACUAAUUUACACAGAUGGAGAGCUCUCAAAACUUUUAAGGAAUAUAACGUAAGAUAUUUCAGCAUUUUUAUUUACUUCAUGUCACCUCAGACUCAAUAUUGCAACUGUAAAAUCGAGGGAAGUCUAGGACAACGUUAGGAGGACCUGGAGAUUUUCAAGUCACUUUUCUUCUAUCGAGUAUAGAAUUUGUACGAUUUUAAGUAUUUCCUAUCAAAUAGUGAUAAGAUCUGUUAGUGGUGGUUUUGAGAGGCACUUGAGUUUUCCAUUAUCUGUUUUCCUAUCU